UCAUUACGUGGUCCGAAUGAAGCGUCAUCCUUUCUGAUGUAGAGCGGCACAGCGGCCUUUCUUUGGUGCUCUACAUUUCCCACCGUCUGUCUGCUCUUGUCCCCGGUAUUUCAGUUCUGAAUUUCUCCAACCAUGACUCGAAAGACGCCACUUCUCGCCGCUUGCCUGCUGCUUCUGGCUGCUGUGAGCACGGAGGUUUUGGCGGACGGUUUGGUGAACGAGGACGUGAAGAGGACAGUGGACCUGGGCACUCAUCUGGCCAAGAUCACCGCGGAGAUCGUGCUGUCCAACCAGGGACUCUCUGCCGCCCAUAGCUUUAUAUUAGCGGUAGAAGCUGACAUGGCCCCUCACCUGGCAUACAUCGGUGCUUCGGUGAAGGGUGAUGAGGAGGAGGAUGGUACUCUUGAACUCCAACAGACAACAAUUCAGGGCCAAAGUGGGGUUUUUUACAAAGUGCAGCUGCCUUCCAGUCUGGCCGCAGGGGCUCAGCUGAAGGCAAAGGUGGAGAUGACAUUCAGCCACGUCCUGCAGCCCUUCCCCACACACAUCACGCAGGCUGAGCGCCAAUUGGUGAUCUUCCAGGGGAACCACUACCUGUACUCUCCGUACCCCACCCGCAGCCAGACCACGCGCGUCCGCCUGGCCUCCAAGACUGUGGAGACCUAUACCAAGCUGGGUAACCCCAGCAAGAACGAUGAGAUUAUCGAGUACGGACCUUUCCGUGAUGUGGCUCCGUUUAGCGAGGAUACAAUGAAGAUCCAUUACGAAAACAACUCACCCUUCCUCACCAUCAGUGGCAUCGUUCGGAUCAUUGAGGUCUCUCACUGGGGGAACAUUGCUGUGGAAGAGACCAUCAACUUGAGGCACACAGGAGCCGUCCUGAAGGGGCCUUUUUCACGUUACGACUAUCAGCGUCAGUCAGACAGCGGCAUCUCAUCUGUCAAAUCAUUCAAGACUAUCCUUCCUGCCUCGGCACAAGACGUCUACUACAGAGAUGAGAUUGGCAACAUCUCCACCUCCCAUCUGCAGGUUCUGGAUGACUCUGUGGAGGUGGAGGUCCGGCCUCGCUUCCCCUUGUUCGGAGGCUGGAAGACCCACUACAUCAUCGGAUACAAUCUGCCCAGCUACGAGUACCUCUACACCCUGGGUGACCAGUAUGCACUGAAGAUAAGACUAGUUGACCAUGUGUAUGACGACCAGGUGAUUGACUCCCUCACUGUGAAAAUCAUCCUGCCAGAGGGAGCCAGAAACAUCCACGUGGAAACACCUUACAAAAUUGAUCGCAAGCCAAACCAGCUCCAUUAUACAUAUCUGGAUACCUUUGGCCGACCAGUGCUGGUCGCCAGCAAGAACAACCUGGUGGAGCAUCACAUUCAGGAUGUUGUGGUUCAUUAUAACUUCAACAGGAUCCUGAUGCUGCAGGAGCCUCUUUUGGUUGUAGGGGCCUUCUACAUCCUCUUCUUCACUGUCAUCAUUUAUGUCCGCCUGGACUUUGCCAUCACAAAGGACCCAGCGGCUGAGGUGCGUAUGAAAGUGGCCUCAAUCACCGAGCAGGUGCUCACUCUGGUCAACAAGCGUCUGGGUCUGUACCGACACAUGGACGAGGUAGUUAACCGCUACAAACAGUCUCGAGACACGGGAGCGCUAAACAGCGGCCGGAAGACUCUGGAGGCUGACCACCGCACUCUCACCAACGAAAUCAGCUCGCUGCAGGCUCGCCUCAAAGCCGAGGGCUCCGAUUUGGCUGAUAAGGUGGGGGAGGUGCAGAAGGUGGACGGCCAAGUGAAGGAGCUGGUGUGUCGCUCCUGCCAGGAGGCGGAGCGGCUGGUGGCGGGUAAGGUCAAGAAGGAGGCUUACAUCGAGAGCGAGAAGACUCUGACCGGCAAGAGACAAGAGUUCGUCGGCCGCAUCGACAGUCUGCUGGACGCCCUCUAAACUACUCCUGCCACACACACUAGCACACACCACCAACAUACAACCGACUAUUUGUAUGAAUGAGAAUUAAAUGAAAUGUGACACAAAUGCUUACACAUUUUUUGUACCAUCUUUGAACCCAGACAUGGACACAUUAACAUCUCAUCUUCUGCUAGUGAUUGGUUUAUCCAAAACACUUGUGCCUUGUGAUAAACUUGAGGUCACUGCAGCUCUACCGCAGCUACGUCACAACUUUUGUUUUUUGUUUGUCUGUAUUUCAGUUUGUUGAGCUACACACUCUCACACUGCUCAGACUUGACACUUCAUUUUCAAGUUUCUAAUCUCGACUUGGUAUUUUUGUUUUCCCCCUUGUGUAUGGUUAUGGGACUUUUUGUUUUUGGGAAACUAAUUGGAGAAGGGCCCGUGUGUUUUCGUUCUCAUGUCUUUACUCACAUAUGCCGUAUUCUAAGAUUGAAUCUCGCUCUGAAGUAUGAAGGUGAACUUUUUCCAAUCGUAUCUCUUUUGCACUUACAACUUUUUUCUACUCGCCCCCUGACUGACGUUUAUAUUUGAACAAAUUUGAAGCUCUAAUUCUGUGUCAUCCCAAAUGCUUGUUGUUGACGUUCCUCAGUCAUAUUUUCUACAUUUUGUAUGAUUUUGUUUUGUAAGUGUCUUUUGUUUUUUUUGACCAUGAGAUUAGUGAAACCAUGAGAUUAGGUUUAUGUGAGAAAAGACAUGGGACACGGAUGCUUUGUGAAAUGGGCAAUGAUAUGGAAAGUUGUCAAAUUUGAAAUAAAGUUUUGAGAAACUCA